AUGGAACCACGGUCUACAGGAAAUAUCCAAUAUGAAGAUCAGGAUGAGCCAUGUCACGGUGGUUGUUGCCCUUGGUUGAAUUGCUUUUCAAGACUCUUUCGAGCUAGUGUCAUCUAUGCUGAUGUACCUAAAGCAAAUGAUUAUUCACCAAUCGGGGAUAACGAUGAUCAAGCUCCUCCAUCGGACUCUGCGAUUCAAUCAGCCAUUAAGAAAGCGUUGGCGCUACCGGGCUUCUUUAGCACUACGUAUAGAAUUACUAUCGAUGGUAAAGUUUCAGCGUUUAAAAAAUGGAAACCAGAGAUGAGCAGUUAUUUAUCGGAUAAAGAUCAAUUGAUAGAGCAAUUACUCAGGCUAAAUCAUGAAAGCUUACGAAUUACAUAUUCUUACCAUGUUCACCUUGGAGGUCUAUUACAAGAAUAUCUACCUUAUUCACUUCGGCAGCUAAUGACACUAAAAGGAGAUAAACUGCCUCAAUGUAAGGAACGUCUUUCAAUACUUAAAGAUGUUAUCAACGGACUUUGCUACUUGCGCGAUAGCAACGUAGUUCACAAUUGCUUAACAAGUACCAAUGUCUUGAUAGAUAAUAAUGGAUCUGCCAAAAUAAGUGAUGGAUGUUUAGAUUUCACUGGAAGUGUCCACGCGCAAAGUACCUUACCAUCUCAUGUAGGCAAGAUUGGCUAUUGCUGUAAUGAAGCUCUUUGUGGUAAAGUAAUUCCUGCAAACGACAUUUAUAGUUUCGGGGCUAGAGACUAUUUAAUGCAUGCAUCUCAUAAAAACUGGAAAAAGUUGAAAGAUAAGCGAAUUUCCUGGAAAGUUGCAAUUACCAAGAUAGAUAUCUACCGCCCAAGAAAGAAACUUUUGAAUUUAGCUGCUUGGUGUCUAGCAGAAACAACACAAGAGAGACCACCUAAUUUUGAGGAAUACAUAAUUUUGAUCGAACCAUUUAUAAAAUAUCUGAAUCUGAUUAUCUUGUUGGAAUAG